AUGGAAAACAGAGAGUACGAAGCAAAUGAUAAAAGUCAUGUGAUGUUCACCUCUCUCGGGAUGUUUAUCGUGGAUGAAGUUCAUUUACUCAAUGGAAGCGUACGGAAAGAUGUCAUGGGAGGAGGCGGGUUGUAUGCUACUGUCGGCGCCAGAAUUGUGUGCGACAAUCCGAGGACGAUAGGCGGAUUUGCUGAUUUUGGAGGAGACAUGGUGGACGACGAUCAUGAGGUCAAGAGAGUAAUUUCGAGUUGGAACACUUUGAUGAAACAGAGGGUCGACAGGAGGAGAUUGACUACCAGAGGACUAGUGAAUUACACCAUGAGCUCGACAGAACAGAUGAGCUUUAGCUAUUUAACACCAAAGAAACGAAUUGGGGUAGCUGAUCUUGAUGAAGAAGAGGAAUUGUUGUACUCCAAGUCUUUUCAUUUAUUGUCAGAUGGACCUAAGUUAAUUGAAAUUGUACAAGGUAUUGUAGAUAAGAGGAAUUGUGCCGAAAAACCUCUAAUCGUCUGGGAACCCUUUGGGGUUUACUGUGUAUCUGCCAGGCUUGAAGAAACAAUAAAAGCCCUGGAACACGUUGACAUAUUUACCCCCAACGCUGCUGAAGCGGCAUGUUUGUUAGGUCGAAGUGAACCCGAGACUAGAGAAGAGAUGGACUUCGUUGCUAAUUCUUUUGUGAAGUACUUAAAGAAACCCAACAGCGCCAUUGUGUUACGCUGCGGAAAACUUGGAUCGCUUACAAUUACUGGAGACAAAAGCUACCACAAAUGGUUUCCUGCGUACCACGAUCCAAAGUUUUCAGAUUUCAAGGUGGUAGACACCACAGGCGGAGGAAACUCAUUCGCAGGAGCUGUUGCUUUCAUGUUUGCCUCAACUGGUAACUGGACAUUGAGCAAUAUAGCCGCUAAUGUUGCCAGUAGUUUUGUCAUAGAACAGCUAGGGGUUCCUGUCUACGAUCCGGUUGAGGACACAUGGAAUGGCGUAGCCACAAGUGCUAGACAGAAGGAGUACAUACGCCGUUACGAGGACGUUGCACUGAACUAG